AUGAAGGGCAAGAUCCGCGUCUACUGCCGGUGUCGGCCCAUGAGCGGGUCGGAACUCGACCGCGGCUGUCACUCGGCCGUCAAGUUUCUCGACGAGUAUACGCUGGAGCUCGAGACGCCCCGCGGUCCCAAGUCGUUUGCGUACGACCAAGUGUUUAAUCCCUCCAACACACAGGACCAAGUGUUUGAAGAUACCAAGAACCUACUGCAGUCGGCGCUCGACGGUUACAACGUGUGCAUCUUUGCCUACGGCCAAACGGGCUCGGGCAAAACGUUUACCAUGACGGGCACGGCCGACCACCCUGGCAUCACACCACGCCUCAUUGACCUCAUGUUCAAGUCUGGCGAUGCGCUCAAGGGCAACAAUACCAUCAAGUAUGAAGCGUACAUGCUGGAGCUCUACAACGAUGCCCUCAUUGAUCUCUUCUUCCAACUGGACAACCACCCGGACAAGGCGCCAAAACUGGAGAUCAAAAAGAACGACAAGGGCAUGGUCGUCGUACAAAACAUCGUUGUCAAGCCGUGUACGGACACCCACCAAACGCUCAAAUUGUUUGAUCAGGCCAACAAGAAGCGUCAAGUCGGCGCGACCAAAAUGAACGCCGAGAGCAGUCGGUCGCACUCGGUGUUUACGAUUCUGAUUGAAAAUUACAACAAAACCACCAAAAAGACGUCGGUGGGCAAACUCAGCCUCGUGGAUCUCGCGGGCUCGGAGCGUGCAGGCAAGACGGGCGCGACCGCUGAUCGGCUCAAGGAGGCCCAAGCCAUCAACAAGAGCCUCAGCGCUCUUGGCGAUGUCAUUUCGGCCUUGUCGACCAAUGAAAAGUUCAUUCCGUACCGCAACAACAAGCUCACGCAACUCAUGCAAGACUCGCUGGGUGGCAACGCCAAGACGCUCAUGUUUGUCAAUAUUUCGCCGGCCGACUACAACCAAGAGGAGACACAAACCAGUCUCUCGUACGCGUCUCGGGUCAAGCUCAUCACCAACAAUGCCAACAAAAACUCGGACAGUGAGGAGGUUGCCAAGCUCAAGGCCAUCAUCAAGCAGCUCAAGGCGGGCCACGACGUCGACCUCGAUUCAAUCGCCGAGGGUGAAAACAUGUAG